AUGUCAACAGCUACUUAUACUGAAUUGAAAAUUAUACGUAGACCGAUGACGUCAUACAAGAAGUAUUACUUAAACUCUGCCACUGCUGCUAUGGGGACAAUCGACACUGACACACAGUAUCGGAGGUUGACACGACUGCGUACAGAAUGUCAAAAGAGAAUCGCAUCGGGCAAGAAGCUCUCUAAUCUGGGUACACGUGACUUUGUUAUCAGCAAGCACUAUCGUUUUCUGUACUGUCCUGUUGCCAAGGUAGCGGAGGCUAAUUGGAAGCGGGUGAUAAUGGUCCUCGAAGGAACAGCAAACACAACUCAAGAAUUGCAUCAUUCGCGUGUUCUCGGAAAAGACGGUAGAUUUUACCAAACGAUUAAAGACGCUGGCAAAGAGUUUGACGACUUCGUUAAAUUUCUUUUUGUCAGACAUCCUUUUAAGCGCCUGCUAUCAGCUUACAGAAACAAAUUUGAAAAUCCCGAUGAAUGGGGACUGAUUUACCCUAAAAACUAUGGAAGGUCCAUCAUCAAAAAAUAUCGUCCAAAAGCGACCAAUUCUUCGUUACAGACCGGAAAUGACGUCACUUUCUCGGAAUUCGUCAAGUAUGUUCUUGAUGAGUCUGAUAGAGAGCCUGAAGGUUUAAACAUGCACUGGCUCCCCAUGUAUCUAAGUUGUGACGUAUGUAGCAGGAGAUUCAACUUCAUCGGAAAAUUUGAAACUCUGCACAAUGAUGCUAAGCAUCUUCUUCAAAAAAUCCACGCCACCAACGUCGUAGAGUUCCCGGAAUCGGAGUCAUGUGCCACUCACGUGACCAACAGUUCAAAAGAAGAAACUUAUCAUAGUUAUUUCAAAGAGCUGACACAGGGAGAGAUAAGGAAAUUAUACAAACUUUAUCGGCCUGAUUUUAAAAUGUUUGGAUACAACUUUCCAUACGAAUUACUCGACAACAAAAACAACUCAUCAGCAUCGUGA